UCUCUCCGGUACGUACACGAGACACGAGUCUCGCCGACGCGAUAGUCCCUUGCGGCCGAUCGCUUCAGUUGCUCAGCGCGCGAAUUUAUUUGUCAAAUACUACGUGAAAUUACUAAAUUCUUUUAGACAGAGAUCAAAAAUUGUCUAUGUGAUAGUGAAUAUUACAUUGGUUUUUUUGAUGUGAGUUUUUGUGUGUCAGACGUUAAAAUGACUUUAUCCCUGCAGCAACAUAUCAGUAUUGAUGACAGUCAAAUGGUAGUAUAUGGUUACCGGAGAACUAGAUGGCGAACAAUAUUAGUACACAUUUUCACUGUAUUAACGGUCGGUAUACCGGCUUUAGUAUUCCAUUGGUAUCCAACUUGGUUCCUCUAUAUGACCUGUGUGAGAUGCAGUUUCCAAGUUGCCGAUCAGGUUUUAAUUGUUGAAACAUAUCAAAAGAAAUGUAAAAGUUAUUAUAUUCACAAAAUACGCCAUAAAAACAUAGAAGACACAAGUGGAUUAUUCAAUGAGGGUUUUGAUGUUGAGCCGGGAGAUGAUAAAAGAAACUUUGAAACUGCUGAUGCUAUACACACUCCCAUACAUUUGGACGAUGGUUCCACUCUUAAUGUCCAAAACUACCGUUAUUUCCGGCACAAAAAGCAGUCUAUAAUAUGGGACGCGGGUAGAGCGCAAUGGGUGAGACUAGCUGGAAUCGAAGCUGGGGCGACAUGUGCGCAACUUCAUGCAAGGGGCGCCAUAGCACCUACUAGUGAAAAAAGGAUUAGGAUGUUAAAUAUAUACGGCUUGAACGAGAUAAAGGUUCCUGUACAGUCUAUCUUCACUUUGAUCCUCUUGGAAGUAUUCAAUCCGUUCUACGUAUUCCAAUUUUUCACAAUAGCCGUGUGGCUCGCAGAACCUUACUAUUAUUAUUGUAUUGCCGUUGUUUUAAUGUCGACGUUCGGUGUUGCCACUUCUGUGAUACAAACCAAAAAGAACCAGGAGAGUCUCCGCGCGACCGUGGAGGCUCACAGCACGGUGCGGCUGUGGGACGGGCGGGUGGUGGCGACGCGGGCAGUUUGUCCGGGGGACGUGGUACUGCUCCCGGCAAGGGGCUGCACGCUGCAUUUCGACGCGCUGCUGCUCACCGGCACCGCCGUGCUCAACGAGAGCAUGCUCACCGGUGAAUCAGUGCCGGUCGGGAAAACGGCUUUGUUGAGGGUCGACAAACCAUUCGACAUGAAGGAGCACGCGGCCAGCAUUCUGUUCUGCGGCACCAGAGUCAUUCAGACCCGGUACUACAACAACGAACCUGUCAGGGCCUUGGUGCUGCGUACGGGCUACAACACAAGUAAAGGGCAGCUGGUCCGCAGUAUACUGUACCCGGUGCCGGCGGACUUCAAGUUCGACCGGGACUCGUACAAGUUCAUCAUCAUCCUAGCCGGGAUAGCGGCGUGCGGACUGGCCUAUACCGUGGCCUUGAAGGCGUACCGCGCUCUCACUCCCAGCGAUAUAGUCCUGAAGGCGCUGGACAUCAUCACGAUCGUGAUCCCGCCCGCGCUGCCGGCCGCCAUGACGGUGGGGCGGCUGUACGCCGUGGCGCGGCUGGCGGGCGCGCGCGUCGCCUGCCUCAACACGCGCGCCGUCAACGUCACCGGCUCGCUCGACUGCAUGUGCUUCGACAAGACGGGGACGUUAACCGAGGACGGGCUAGAUAUGUGGGGCGUGGUGCCGGUGAGCGCGGCCACCGACCCGCCGAUGCUGGGCCGCCCGCAGCGGGACCCCGCCCUCAUCAACGACUUGCACGACCUCAAGAUGGGCAUGGCCGUCUGCCACAGCCUCACGCUGCUCGAUGGGGAGCUCGCUGGAGACCCGCUGGACUUGAAGAUGUUCGAGUCGACGGGCUGGCUGCUGGAGGAGCCCGACGUGCCCGAGCCGUCCAACUACGAGGUUCUGACUCCGACCAUAGUGAGACCCAAGAAAACUGCCAAUAUCAACGUCGAUGACAUUCAUAUGCCGCUGGAGCUGGGCAUAGUGCAGCAGUAUCAGUUCGUCUCGUCACUCCAGAGGUCCUCGGUCGUGGUCCGGAUGCUGGGAGAAGAUGUACUCCGCGUUUACUGUAAAGGAGCUCCCGAGAUGAUUACGAUGCUGUGCCGACCCGAGACAGUUCCAAAUAAUCUUAGCGACGUUCUCGCCUCGUAUGCCGAAAAGGGAUACCGCGUCAUCGCUAUGUCUACCCGGAUAAUGGAAGCGACGCUCAAGCAGAUUCACAAGAUGACAAGAGAAGAGGCCGAACGUGAUCUAGAAUUCUUAGGGCUCGUCAUAAUGGAGAAUCGUCUAAAAGCUGCGACCACGGGCAUCAUACGAGAACUCAAGGAAGCCAAUAUACAUGUGGUCAUGAUAACAGGGGACAACGUGCACACGGCGGUGAGCGUCGCCAAGGAGUGCGGCAUCCUCGCCAGCGGGGAGCGCAUCGUGCAGCUCAGCGGUGACGCCGCCGCCCUGUACUGCGAGAGCACCCUGCACGGGGCGCCGGUGGGGCGUCGUACGUUGCUACAGCGCGAAUGGCGCAGUGAGGACAGCGGGCGCGGCUCCUGGGGACAAUCCGGCUCCGCUUCAGGCUCGGGCUUUGCCCCCAACGACCCUGAGGCUCCAGCCUCCGAACCUCGCUACAAGAUUGUCGUAACUGGUGAUACCUGGAGGAUCCUGCGCGAGCACUACCCCGACAUGGUGGGGCGCGUCGUGGAGCGCGGCGCCGUGUUCGCGAGGAUGUCGUCCGAUCAGAAGCAGCAGCUCAUCGUUGAAUAUCAGGCUCUGGGAUAUUACGUCGGCAUGUGCGGCGACGGCGCCAACGACUGCGGCGCCCUGCGCGCGGCGCACUGCGGCGUGUCGCUGUCGGAGGCGGAGAGCAGCGUGGCGGCCAGCUUCACGGCGCGCGAGCUGUCCGCCGCGCCGCGCCUGCUGCGGGAGGGCCGCGCCGCGCUCGCCACCAGCUUCGGACUCUUCAAGUUCAUGGUGGGCUACUCGCUCACGGAGUUCUUCUCCGUCGCCUUCCUCUACUACUUCGACUCGAACCUGACCGACUUCCAGUUCCUGUACAUCGACAUCGCGUUGAUCGUCAAUUUCGCCUUCUUCUUCGGCAUGACUGAGGCCCACUCGGGCAAGUUGUGCGAGAGGCCCCCGCUGACGUCCCUGCUGGGCCUGGUGCCGCUGUGCUCGCUGGUGGGACAGCUGUCGUUAAUCGCGGUGGCGCAGUACUUCGGCUACUACGCCCUGACGUUCUUCCCGUGGUACGUGAGGCAUACGUACGCCGGCGAGGAAGAAAACGAGUGCUGGGAGAACUACGUGAUCUUCGCGAUAUCGAUGUUCCAGUACGUGAUAAUGGCGAUCGUGUUCAGCCACGGCGCCCCGCACCGCCGGUCGAUCCUCAGCAACAGAAAGUUCGUGGCGAGUCUGCUGGUGAUGACGUCACUGUGCGUGUACAUAGCCGUGUCGCCGGCCGCCUGGGUGGCUUCGUUCCUGCAGCUCCGGAUGCCGAAGGACGUCCUGCUGUGCUACCUGGUGCUGGCCAUCGCGGCAGCCAACUUCGUCGUGGCGCUGCUGUUCGAAAGAUUGGUCAUAGAGUACCUAAUGGAAGGCAGAGAGAUGAUUCCGAAAUUUUUGAAGGAAAAACGAGUUAGGAAGACUCCUCACUUGAUGCUGAAAAGGCAGCUGACUGACAUGGACUACCUGGAUUGCGACAGCCUCGUGAAGUUUGAUAAGGAGGGUGCCAUUUCGGAUGCCAGUUCCGGCAGAGGUAGCUGAUUACUGAUUAGCUAAUACUUCUGUAUGUGAUGAUAUUACGUAAACAUAUCAUGUUAUUUAACAAUUAUACAAAUUUUGGGAACUUUUGAAUUAACUUAAUUAUACAUAGUGUUUUUAAAAUAUUCGUCUGUGUUAUAAAACUGGCAACACUGACAUGUGUAUGUUGCCAAAAUAGGCAACCUUUUUUUUUAAAUAAGCUUAAAAUCGAUUGUUAUGCUGAAGAAAAUUUCUACGUUACGUUAUAAUGUAUGAAAUAAUAAUGAUAAAUCUGAAAAGUUAAUUAUAGAAUAGGAACCCUCGUGUGGCCGGGCGACCAUUGGAUCUGUAGGUUUACUCUUAAUUUCGUAAACUAAAAACCGCUCGUGCUAAAAUUGCCCACGAUAAAUUAUUUUGAAACCUACAUACUAGUGUACCGAAAGGUCUAAAGCAGCAAAUUCUUUUCUUAUUGUUGCUGCCGCUACACUAAUAUUAAAGUUCAUAUUAUAAUAAGUUAGAAAAAAAUAUCUUUAAUAUUAUGCAUGUAAUUAAUUAUAAAAUAUAUUUCACAAGAAAAUAUAUUACGUGUGAUCUUUAUUUGUUAACAUUUUUUAAUUAAAUUCAUAGACGCAAAGCGCCAUUUAUUUAUUUAUGAAAUUUUAUCAACUGGCAACACUACGCUUAGAUUAAGUUUUAUUUUAUUAGAGAUUAAUAGAGAAACGAUUAAGUUUGCUAACAAUUCCACUACUUUAAGGAAAAAUAUAGAAAACUUCGUAUGUUUUUCGUAUGUGUUACACUUAAUUUAUAAAAAUGGUGACGUCACAGAGAUAGUAUACUUCAUUGUUUUAACGUAUUUUUUAUACGUACAUAACUGUUUAUUUUGUCAAUAAAAUACUUUAUUUUGUAAUUUUAAAAUCAAAUAUCCAAACAACUCAUAAUUGGAAGUCUUUAUUGUCUGUUUUUCUUUUGUAUUAAAUGAAACAGCUACUUGCACAGUAGCUAGUCGCAAUCGAGGUUGCUGUUACAUACAUUUAAAAUAAGCUUCUUAAGCUUAAUGCAUAUGCUUUUUUAUUAUAAUAUUAUUAUAAUAAAAAAUAUAAUAAUGUAAUAAAAGAAAAUAUAAUAUCAAGAUAAAACAUUUGUAUUGAUUGGUGAGUAAAUUACGUGCUUUAGAUUCAUAAUAUGCCAAUAUUAUAUCAUAAGAAGAUAUAAUAUGAUGGACUUGAUUUUUACUAAAUACAGCAGAGAAUAAAAUAAUAUAAAUUUUUGAAUACAAGAAAAUUUACGUUACAUUAUUUAUGUACGUGUUAUACAAUUGAC